AUGGUAAAUAGAAGCGACUUUGUCGAGAUUGUAGACUGUCCUCCAGAUUAUAUCAGUCAGGUUUUGUUUCUUGAGGGUUUAAGCAAGUUGGUUGUCACCUCAUGGGAUGGUUCUUUAUCCAUCUAUGAUUAUAGAGAUAGGAACAAUGUGGUAUUAGAGGUAAGAUUGGUACAUGAUACUGCGAUAACGUGUUGUACCGAAUCUAUGAUUGAUAACGAACGUUGUUUAUACGUUGGGACUGUUCAAGGUGAAGUAUUGAAGGUUGAAUUGAGUAAUGGGACAUUUAUUCCUGUUAGUGGAUCUCUUUGCAAUGAGCUAGGGAUUUGUGGGAUAUUUUCGACUCGCCAAGGACAGGUUAUCACCUGCUCUUGGGAUGGAUAUAUACAAGUGAUAAAUGUGCUUACCAAUUCGAUGGUUAAAAUGGUUAAAAUUGAUAAGAAAAUAUUAGUAUCUGAUUUUGAUGGCGAAAGGCUCAUCCUAGCCACUUCAGGGAACAAGAUUGUGACAUUCGAUAUACCUUUGAGUACGGAUGAUAAGGGUAAUGAGGUUGAAUCUGGUUUGAAAUACCAAAUUAGGGACAUCAAAAUUACUCCCCAGCAUGAUGCUUAUGUCUCAUGUAGUGUCGAUGGUCGUGUUGCUGUAGAAUACUUCAAUGAUGACACUAAAAAAUUUGCGUUUCGUUGCCAUAGAAUAAGUCUAAGUGAUAGUCAAUUCGUUUUUCCAGUAAACUCGUUAUGUUUCGUACCGAACUCGAAUAUUUUAUAUACUGGUGGGUCUGAUGGUUGCAUGUCUUGUUGGAAUUUGACUUCAAGAAAGAAGAUAGAGCAAUUACCCAAAUUCGAUGAAAAUAGCAUAGUGGAAACAGUUUGCAAUGGAGAUGUAUUAUGUGUAGCCACAUCUGAUGAUUCUUUCAAGACAAAUCCAGCAAUAUUCAAAAAUAUAGAACUGAACCCAAGCAAAUUAUAUUUAUUGUAUCUAUAA